UGUGAGCUUAGGUAACUGUCUCUGUGGGUAGUAAAGGCUGAACAAGCAGCCCCAGCAAGGAAAUGGGCCCCCGGGUCGAAGGUGCUUGAGCCUUCCUGCCCUUCAGACCCAGUACUUAAAUCAUUGUCCAGGCAGAAAGCAAAGGCUGGCAAAGUUACCCUAGCAGCAGAGGGACCGAGGCAGGCGAGUCUCAGCUGAGAGGAGGAAGCCGCCAGUCCGGACGGACCAGACUGACGCAAAGCUCUUGAACAGUACAUCAAGUAACCUGCUAACUCUCAGACAGUACAACCAUGAGCAAUAAUACAACAGACCUAACCACUGGAUUCAUCUCGUCUGCGGUAGCUGUCGUCUUAUUUGGCUCAAACUUUGUACCACUUAAAAAAUAUGAUACUGGUGAUGGAAUUUUUCUCCAGUGGGUACUUUGUGCUGCCAUAUGGUUGGUGGCCCUGGUGGUCAACCUGAUACUACAUUGCCCAAAGUUUUGGCCUUUUGCAAUGGUUGGGGGCUGCAUCUGGGCCACAGGCAACAUUGCUGUUGUCCCAAUUAUCAAAACCAUUGGUUUGGGCCUUGGAAUCUUAAUCUGGGGAUCAUUUAAUACCUUAACUGGCUGGGCAAGCUCAAGGUUUGGCUGGUUUGGAAUGGAUGCAGAAGAAGUGGCAAAACCACUGCUGAAUUACAUCGGAGCUACACUGUCAGUCGUAAGCGCUUUUGUAUUUUUGUUCAUCAAAACUAAAAUACCAACUAACACAUACUCUACAGACACCACACCGCUGAUAUCAGAGCAUGUGAUCAACACAACUCCAGAGCCCUCUCCUGAUUACACCUGGGUGGAUAAAUUGUCUACGGUGCAGCACCGCAUAGUGGGCUGUAGUCUGGCAGUGAUAUCUGGGAUACUCUAUGGAUGUACAUUUGUGCCAGUCAUUUAUAUCAAGGACCACAGCAAAAGAAAUGAUAGUAUCUAUGCAGGGGCAAGCCAAUAUGAUCUAGACUAUGUGUUUGCUCACUUCAGUGGCAUCUUCCUUACAAGUACAAUCUACUUUCUGGCCUACUGUAUAGCCAUGAAAAAUAAUCCUAGAUUAUAUCCAGAAGCAGUCUUACCAGGGUUCCUGUCAGGAAUUCUCUGGGGAAUCGCUACCUGCUGUUGUUUCAUAGCUAAUCAUUCUCUCAGUGCUGUGGUCACUUUCCCCAUAAUCACUGCUGGUCCAGGACUUAUUGCUGCAAUGUGGGGUGUCUUCAUAUUCAAGGAAAUACAGGGUCUACAAAACUACCUGUUGAUGAUAUUUGCAUUUUGCAUCAUCUUCGCUGGAGUCUUAUGUACUGUUUUUUCUAAACUCUAAUAACUACAAGACCAGCAGAUGGCAGCAGUGGUUAAGAGACCAGGUCUUCUGGAACCUGGAAAAAUUAAUGCGGAGAACGGAGUUCAUUUUCAUACUGCCAAUGGAUCUCAGCUCGUCUUAGAAUGGGUAAAUAACUUUUUUCACAUAUCAGGGAAUGAGCGAAAACUGAAUUUCAUCAAGUAUAAAAAUGGAAAAUUCUUCUAAUGAACUAUUUGUGAAGAUGGGAUUUCCCAAGACGACUAAAAUGUUUACAUUCGUACACGAUUACACCUGUGGAUGCUCCUUUUAGCAUGCUAUGUACUUAGUAUUGUUUACUAGGAAAGACUGUGGAGUUCAAAUGCAAAGAAUGUGCAGCCCAAUUUUCCAACAGAUUACCUCAUUGUGAAGAGAGGCAGAAAAAAUGUGGGGAGAAGAGGAGUGAGACUUCCCUUAAUGGGAUUAGAUUCCAAAGAUGUCUGGAUCCUUUGCUAAAAAAAAGUAAAUGUCAGAGUUGGUAACUGAAUGUUAAAAAGGCCAUUUCUUUUCUUUUCUUUUUUUAGCCCAAUUUUAUUUUUAUUCCAAGUUAAUAUUGAUAAACAGUACAUCACCUACACCUCUUAGCUCAAAAGGUUUUUUAUUAUCUCUGGAUAAGAUUCAUCCAGACAAAAUGCCCUCCCACUGAUAGCAUGUGUAUAAUAUCUAUGUACCUACGCCACUCCUACACAAAUACACUCACAGAGAUGGAUGUGCUAGUCCAAAUCUGGGAGAAAUUCUAGAGUUGCUAAAGUUAGGUUGCUGAAAUACACUUUCCUCUAAGCCCUCCUUUAAAUGUAGGUUUUCUUCAUAUUUUAAAUUGGGAGUUCCCGCUGACAAAAGUGAUAAGACAAUACUCGUUUUAUUUAUUUAGGAAAACAGAAAUGGAACCACUAAUAUGAAAUUUCUUUUGAGAGUAUCCAAACUCUUCAAAUAAUGAAACUCCAGUCGACAUAAAUUUCACCCACCCACUGAAUUCACCUCCCAUUUCCUUUCCCUUCCUUUCCCCUUCCCGUGGUGUCUACUCAGAAGUCACACAAUAGCAUGCUGCUGCUUUUGUGUGUGCACCCUGGUGUUCAGCUCCAUGGAUGUAAAUCCCAUUUCUGUUUCACUCUAACUGUGGAACUUUAGAUAAGUUCCUAAGUCCCUUGUAUCAGAUAUCUCAUCUGUAUCCACCUCACAUGGCAUGUAUCUUGACAUGACAUAUAAUUCUUAAUUAUCACUAUUCCAUAUUGUUUGUAAACAAAAAUAUAUGUCUGUAUGUUGAACACUACCUUGUAAGUUACUGCCUUCACCACUACUCUCUCCAAACAAUUGCUUUUUAAUCUCUCUGUAUAAGCAAAUAUUCAAAAUGAUAAUGGAGUUCUUUGUGUAAUUGUUGAA